AUGUCAAGCAUAACAUUUUCCAUACAUUGAAUAUUCUUUUUAAAAUUUUCAUACCAUAAAUAUUCUUUUCGAUUCGGGCGAAAACUAUUCAGAAUCAAAAUGCAAGCCAGUAAAGUCUCUCCGUCUUUUAGUGACUAUCUACCUCUUGUGAGCACGGUUGUGGCAGUGGGCGUGGCUACCUGCUGCGUUGCCGCCCAGAUCUUUAGAUCGCCCAACAGCACCAAGACGAUUGGUCAGCUGAGGUUAUGUUUUGGAAAUCUAGGAACAGGACGCUUUUAUAGCGGAUGCUUUCAGAAACGGAUGUCGCACCGUGAAGCAUCUAAAAUACUAAGUAUUAGUCCUAACGCUCCAUGGAUCCGACGAGCCAUGCUGGCUAAACAUCCGGAUCGAAACGGCUCACCAUAUCUGGCGGGAAAAAUCCACAAGCCCAAGAAUGGGCUGCUGGAGGGAAGAAAUCGGUUCAGAUAGAAAUCGAAAGAUUAGGCACUAGAUGGCAGGAUGUGAAGUUCAACACAGUGUGAGCAGUUGAUCUAAAUUAAAUGUAAAUCAUUCCCAUCAUGGCAAGUUAUUAAAUUAUUAAGCAACGUG